AUGUAUACCUAUCACCCAGUAUUGGAAAGCUUGAUCAUAUCAAGGCCAGAAAUGAAAUAGUUCAAAAUGGUAAAAGCCCAGCUUGAAAAAAUUCAAGAGGCAGUCCUUAUACAAGCAUUUAUCACUGAAUUUACCCCUUGCCUAGAUAUUAGUCUCACCUAGUAACAGAAAAAUAAUGGUUACCUACCAGUAGACUACUUAAGGGCACAUUAAAUAUUACAUAUUGAGGAUGCCACAAAAAAAUAAAUAAAUAAUCAGGAUUAUAUAACUAAAUCUAGCUAACAACAAACAUCAUAGAUUUUCUUACAGAGUCCUAACUUGCUAAGAUAAGCUCUAACUAUUAAUAAGCCUUAUGCAUAUGAGAAUCUGGAUAGACUAGCCUUUUUAGGAGACAGUGCCAUUAAUAUUUUAACAAUUUUAGAAUUAUUUUUGAUGUUUGGAGACUAUUUGACUGAAAAAUAGCUUGAUUAGGAGAAAUGUAAAAUGCUGAGUAAUAAUGGCUUGCUUGCUAAGAUCAGCUAACAUAAUUUUUAAAACUAUGUUAUUGAUGAUAGAAUCAAUGACUGUGCUAAAUAUAAAAUAGAUGCUUUGAAAUCCUUUAAUUAUCUAUAGAGUCAAAUAAAGAAAACAGCAAUAAGAAACUAGAUUACAUAUCUUAGAUAAUCCAAAAUCAAAUUACAGGUACUCAUAGCAAAUUAGCUUAAAAAACUUAUUGGGAAGCAUUUGGAUUAAUCUUACAUUGAUAUGGUUAUUAGUAGUGCUAUUGAAACUUUUUUGAAAAAUUCAAAGAUAAGCGCAUUUCUUGUUGAUUCAAUAAAAAAUUUAAAACUAAUGAAAAGAAUUGAUAAUAUACAUUUAAAUAAAGAUCUGGAACCUGAAAUUGGCUUGGCAUGUAAUGUGAUAGAAAAGUUAAUCCAGAUUAUUUUACAACUAAUUUAAAAGUGUUAAUCUAAACUGAAUUAUAUCAGGUCUGAAUAGUAAAGAGUAAAUAUCCCACCAAGUAAAGUCUAAGAGACUUAAGUGGAGGCUAUGAAAUCAGUAGUUGGUUUGAUAAUUGAGACAGGUGAUCUUUCAAGAGCUUAGGUGUUUUUGAGGAAUUUAGGCAUCUUGAUACUUAAAUUCGAGGAAUUCCCAGCGAAGUUAGAAUAUAUUAAAGGAUAAAAUAAUUUUGUUGAAGGGUUAACUGAUCUUCAAAGCAGAAGAUUAGUUGAUAUGUUUAAGAUAGAAGGAAUAUUAGGGUAUAAGUAUAAAGACCAAAUUAUUCUUUUCAGAUCUUUAGCACACAAAUCAUAUAGAAUUAAAUAGUCUGAAAAGAUCUUCAAUAAUGAGAAAUAAGAAUUUAUUGGAGAUGCAAUAAUGAACUAUCUAAUAUCAAAGGAAAUAACUGACUAAACAAAAGAUUCAGAUAUAUAAGUCAAUAGUGUUUCUAAAAUAUUGCAUGAAAAAAAGACUUGCCUGAUCAAUAAUAUCAUUUUGAGUUUGAUAACAAUUGAAAUGGGGUUAGAUAAGUUUAUCGUCUAUGCUGAUGACCAAGAUAUUUACAUUUAAGAGAUUAAGAAAUCAGCUGAAACUAUAAGGCAGGCAGUCUAAUAAAAGAAUUUAAACUAGCUCUCACGAGAUUAUUAGAAGCUACAAGAAAUGAAGUAAUCAGGAGAUUAAGAAUAAUAUGAAAAUUAAAAAAACAGAUUGGUGAAAGAUUUAGAUAUAUUAAUCGAUAUUGCUUCUUGCUAUCAUUAAAAACAAUUAAGUGAUGCAUUUGAAGCUAUAGUCGGAGGAAUUUUUCUUGAUUCUGGGUCACUUUAGGAGACUUAUGAAUUUCUAAUGAGAUUUAUUGGCCCAAAUAUUCCACUCCUUACUGAUUUAGACAUUUUUUGUUAUGAUCCAAAGUCAACUGCUAUAAGAUUCUGGGAUCAAUAUAAGCUUUCCUAAUUUAUGAAAAUAAAUAUCGUAGCCCAAUAAAAGAAAAUUAUAAAUUCCAAUGAGAAUGAAUAGUAGUUUUAAUAGUAAAUUGAAGGAUCAGAAACAUAUUCUUGUAGAAUUGGAGAGAUUGAAAUAAUAAGUUUUUAAGUAAAUGAAAAAUUCAAGAAUAAAGAGAGGCAUGUAUAUUUAAAGUUUUAUAGAUACUUAAAAGAACUCUUUUAUGUAAAUAAUCCUAGCUACAAUAUUUCCAAGAAUGAAUUGAUUUCCAUUUGUUAAAGCCAGAGACAUGAUGAGAAAAAGUUUGUUUAAAGUGUAAUUUGA